AUGGAAUUGGAUUUGGACUUGCUGCGGAGAGAGAUGGAAGCCGAUCCGUAUCAAACCACUCGCGAACUGACAGUCGCUCUUGGGCAUUACAUGGACUACCGCGCUGAUACGGCACUUUCUCUCCUCACGCUCAAGCGCACCCACACUUGGCUUGAGCGCAUAGCCACCGGGGAUGAGAAGUGGAUUUCCUACUCUAACAUUCACCGGCGUGCCCAAUGGGUUGGCAAAGGUACGGAUGCAGAUGUCCCUAAAAUCAACGUACACGUUAAAAAGCGCCUCAAGCUCGGAAACAAGAAUCUCGAAGACGGGCCUUGCUCUGGUCGACCGACUGCAAUAUCGUUCGACGAACUGAAGAAUCUGGCGGAGCAGCAUCCAUAUGAAGGUGUGCGGUAUUUUGCUGCCAGUCUUGGCUGUUCGCUGUCCACCGUGAGCAAGGGGCUGCGAUCUCUUGCAAUAGUGAAAAAGCUCGGUCAGUGGCUCCCACAUGCAUUGAGCGGCGGCAACACUGGAGAUCAAAAAUGGGUUCUCUACCUCAGCCACACCCACAAACGUGCGUGGUGUGCUGGCGAUGAAAUGCCGGAUCUUUUGUGA